AUGGCUAACAACGAAACUGCAAGUAUCAUCUGCAGCAGUCCCGUGAUGCCUCGAUUCCCCAGUAACGACACUAAUCUCCUCAUAAAUGACAUAAUUCUUUGUAUUGUCAACGUUCCUUGCUGCAUCUUCGCCUUUCUUGGAAAUCUGGCUGUCAUUAUCGCUAUUGCAAAGACACCAUCCUUACAAAGACCGAGCAAUAUUUUGCUGUGUGGUAUGGCCACUGCUGAUUGUUUGACCGGUUUGGUGGCUCAGCCGUUGUUUGUUUUACAGGCUUUGAUGAUUCAUCGCAUCCACGAGUCUUGUGGCCCAGAGUCCACCCUGUUUAUAGCCUAUAACUUGAGUCAAAUUGGCUUUGUUGGGUGGUCUUUGGUGAAUAUCACUCUCAUCAGUUUUGAUCGCCAUUACGCACUUUCCAAGCCUGUAAAGUACCGUACUAACGUUACUAAAAAAGGUGAGUUUCUAAAUCAUUUUAAGCCGCAGACAUGCUAUCGCCUGUUACAGUAACCGGGUCUUUCAAAUAAAGUAUUCAACACGCGUCCAGUUCUUUAAAUGGCGAAUAACUCUAUCAAACGGAUAAAAUCGCUAUCCAGCAGAUAAGACCUAAGAAAACGUACUACGCUAUCCAUGCACCGGAUAGGGAUUUAUCCAGUAGAUAGCGUUAACCACUCUUUGAACAACCGCGACCAGAAGUCCAAGUAGAUAUUGACAGAUUCUUAUUUUUUUGGAAAAAAUCUCUCAAGGAUCUUGAUAUUGAAUGUGGUCUCCUAAUGCGUUCCACCAUUUUUUGUCGAAAAAGCCAUGCUCUGGUUCUACUCAUUCAUCGUAGCUGUCGAUGGGGCUAGAUUUUCAAGUUGUAAAUUUUAUGUUGAUUUCCCAAUAAAGUUCGUGAAAGAUUUCUCCUGAGCUCGAGCGGACCCAGGCUAGGUUAUCAACAAUUUUCAACAACACAAGAGCUUCCUGUUUGUCUCUUCUUUCUUUGACAGAGGGUUAGUUCCUAGUUCCUAAGUCAUUAGCCCGCGCCCGGUAAUUGGUAAUACUCGUGCAGCAGUGUGUAGGAGGCGAGGUUGCAUAGGAUCUAUCGAAGUGUAUCAAAUAACACUGCAUAGGCCAUUGUAAUCUUAAGAACAGAGUACAGAGUUCAACUUUAGAUUUAUAGGUUUAUACAUUGUUUUUGUAAUAAGGUGAUUUUUAAUCAACAGAGGCAAUUCAGAUAACCUUCGUGGCUGGAUUAACAUGGCUUCUGGUGACAAACUUGUCGAAAUUCGUGUUACCAAUUAAGUUGGCCUCGAUUCUCGGCGUAGGUUUCAUUAUCUUGACAGUCAUUAACCACAUUGGCAGUUUCAUCGCCAUUCGUCGUCAUAACAACAAGGUGAUGGACGUCAUGGCGAUGGUAAACACUUCCAUUAUAUUGAGAAGGGAAAAGAAAGCAUUUUUUGACAUGCUCGUGAUAAUCGUUGUACUUGUCCUGUGUUUAGUUCCGUCUCUUGUAUAUCGUUGGUUUGACGUAAUUCUGUCAGAUGGUUUUGAGCCUCUGCAAGUUUUGUCUACAAAUCUAAUCUACAUCAACUCCUCCUUAAAUCCAAUAAUUUAUCUUGUUAGAAAUGACAUUGAUACGCUACUGAGUGCAUAA